CAGCAGCGUCCAGGUUGACCCACGUGGACAUCCGCAGCACCGCCCCGCUCCGCGCCCCGCCCCACACAACGAGCAGACAGCCCAACACCAACUCAUCUUCCACUAGGGGAGCUUCAUCAGAGCUAGACCGCCGUACGCGGGACUUACUGCACGUGCGGAAAGAGGUGGAGGAGAAAUGGGCGGGCUCCCCCUCCCGGGCCGCCGCACCCAGCACGGAUAGACACAACUCGGACCGACUGCAGGCCGCGCGUCUGGACAUGGAAGGAGCUGGCCGGGGUGACGUCACGGAACAGGAGGAAGUCAGCCCACGCCGCGCCAGGCCCAUCAAGAAGUCCAUCACCGGGGAGUUCAAGGAUAACGACACCAGCUUAGCAGACAGCUCCGCCAGUGGGGAGCCUCCCCCAGCCCUCCCCCCAAGACAGCCCCUCACAGGGGAGGCCACUGGCGGCCAGGCUAAGCCUCGCAAGGUGGCAGCAGCACAGCCCGCCCGCAGCUACAGAGGAUUCUCCGAAGCAAGCGUUGACUCAGCGAGAACGUUUCCAAAGUCUUCAGCCUCUAGCAAGAAAAAGUCCAGCUCUGGGAGAAAGGCACCGUUGCUCCAGACCAAGAGACAGGAUGCAGAAGGUGCGGCCCCUGUCCGCCAUGUGGCACCCUCUGCCAACAUCCCAGAUCGGCCAAAGAAAGUGGCCAGAGUAGUGGCCUUUUCUGACAGGAAGUCCUCAAAAUCUGGUGCUAAAAACGUAAUCACCACCUCGUCGUGGCGAGCCGGCCAGGAGCUUGUAAUGAAAGAACUCGGCAUGGCCCUCAAGGCCAAGGCCAAAUCGAUGCCAUCCAGUGGCACGGCAGCCGCCGCCACUGGGGAAGAACCCGCUGCGCCCUCGCGAGACGCCGCACUGGCAGAAGUGAGGAGAGAGGGCCGGCAGCCUGAUGGGGCAGAGUCGACCAACCCCGAUGCGGCCAAAGCGUCUGCUGGGGCUCGACCGAGGGACCCUGAGACUGAGGCUGUGGUGGCCAACGCCCGAGCCCUGUCUGAGGACGCUCGCAACAUGCUGAGUGAGCUAAAACUAGGGAAUUCAGAAAGCUCUGCAGGAGCAGGAUUUCGACCUGCUGUUAAGAGAAAAGCUCCAAAGUGGACAGAGCCAGAGCCCCAACAGCAGCCGACGGAGAAGAGCCGUCACUAUGACCCUGAGUCUGUGCGUCGCUACAUGGCCAAGCAGAAGGCUGACCGGAUCAAGAAGAUACAUGAUGAAAAGGCAGCCAGGCAGCGGGACAACGAAAAGAGACAGCAGAUACUGACGGAUUUGGCGCAGACACAGCGCAAGAAGGCCGUCACGUCGGCCAAAAGCAGAGGCCAGGCAGAUGGGGGCCGGAAGGUGGCCAGGGAUAGGAGCAAGGGAGGCCAGGCUGGUACAGGAAAAUCAGACAAGGAAAAUGUAGCCAUGGAUAUGGACCAGGACGACGACUCCACUCUGACAGAAGACACAGAGGAUGACUCAACACCACAAGCCACGCCAAGAAAAGAGGAGACCAAAGGCAAGCACAGAAAACACAAGUCUGACCCAAGCCGCCAGCAGCCGUUGAUGAGCCUGAACUCUAUGACUGGUGGCGCCACCACCACCACAGGGGCCACGGCUACCAUGUCUGCCCUCGCCACCACGGGGGAGACUGACAGCCCCUCGAAAGCUGUUGAGAUCAAAGGUCACAAACUUGACCUGGAUGUUGACACCGUGUUGUCCAGGUUUUCACAGGUGGUUCAGCAGAGGAGAGGCCUGGACCCUGCAGCCUCGUCGGGCAGUGCGGCGCGUGGACCAGCCUCAGGCGCUCAAGGUACUAGCGGGCAGCCCGGGCCCGAGACCGUCUUUGCUCUGGGCACGACCAACUCUGUGGCCAGGACCAACGAAGAGAGGAAGAAGGUGCUUCAGGCCACGGCCAUGUCCCUGCAGGCUCGACUAGCGGAGGAGAAGAGGAAGUUUGAAGCCCUUGACAUGAGAGCAGGUGGUCAGCAGCCAGAGCCCAGCAGCAGCAACACGACCCGCCACAGCAGGAUUGUGGGCAACAGGACGGACCAUGCAGUCUUCACCACAGAUCUUCCAGGUUCCCGUGCCCUGGUGGGCUCCAGCGACAACAUGGAGCGUGAGGAGAUGGCAGCGGCCAGAAUACAGGCGGCGUACCGCGGACACAAUGUACGGCAGGCGCUGAACUGGGAGCUGCCCAGUGGUCAGACCUUUGGCCAGAGGAUGAAAGGAGGCCACAGAAGCAAAGAGCCUGUGCAGGGUGGAGAAGCUGAUGAAGAUGCCUCGGAGCUGACAGAAACUUCCACCUUCAGCGAGAUCACGGCCACAGAGGCUUCUGAUGGAGGUCACCACGCAGCUACUCCAGCAACUGUGCCUGGGAACAAGAGGUCACACCACAGCAGUCGCCCAAAACGCCCGGAGGGUGUGUCAGACGCCCCUCCCCCUGCCACCUUCAAGCCUAGCUCGCAGUAUGCUUGGCACCCAUCACAGGCUGACCCCUUCAAUGUCAUGUCGGUGUUCACGCGUCAAAACAGAUACGUGGCCACGGGUUCGGACCAGCCUGACUUGCCCCACAGAAGCAGCCCGGCCACAUCUACCUCUAGACCAGCGGCCAGACCAGCAGCGACAGCUGAUGCAGCUAACAAUGAGUUCCUGGCUAGUCUUGAUCUGACCUCAUUAAAGCAACCUGUGAUAACAACGGAUGAGACGGUGGUGAUGGGCCACACAGCCUCAGGCAUGCCUCUGAUAGCCAAACACCGUUUGACGCGCCUGGAGGCCACAGCCACAGAGAAAGUGCCAAAAGAUGAAGAAGAAGAGGAGGAGGAGGGUUACAGUGAAGCGUCUUCCCAAUCCAGCCGUUCUGCCAACUUGCCAUCUAGGGCUUCCCACUCUCGACCGGGGGCCGCCGCCUCUCUUAGGUCAAAUGAAGCAGGUUCCAGAGUAGAGAAAUCAUUACAGCAAGCCAGUGUCAGAUCAGAACAUGGCUAUUCUAUGUCUUUUGAAAGUGAUGAAGAGGCCACGCCGGUCCCACACUCCAACCAGAAGAGGUCAGGUGCUGCAGGCAGCUACGUCCGACAAGUUUCUGAUGCUGGCCAGGAGACAGACGUGUCCCAGAUGAGUGAGGACGAGCCUCGCCACAUGAGGUCAAAGCUGGAUUCGAAUGCUGGAGCCCCCAGGGUGGAGCCACAGCUCUCGACAGUCUCACGUGACAAAGCGGGUGUGUCUGGGGCAGCUCGUGGGCGGUCCGAGCCAGAGGGUGGACGCCUGUCGCCGAACUCCCUGGCCAACAAGUUGUCGGCCAACCUGAACUACCUGGAGAGCAUGGAGGAGUCUUUGCGUCAGCUGACGGGCGUGGAGCGGGCCCGGGCGGUGGCUCUGGCACAGCAGGAGACAGUGUCUGUGGCUCAGGUGCUCAAGCUUCUUUGCUGGAGAAAGAAGACAAUCGCCGACCCGACUCUCGCUCGUAUGGGGCCUCUGCCUCUGCCAGGACGGUGUCGCGGAGUGAGGAUCUGUCUCAGUCGCCUGGCAACAGGCGCACAAAGAGGUCAUCAGCAGCCACUUCCCUGGCCAGUGUCACUAAAGUGACGUCUUCCUCAAGGACUGCCAGUGGGCGUGAACGUUCCUCCCUGACCACGUCUGUGAAGACAGCAGCAGACAGCCGCGACGACUCGGACAGCUCCAUCAAGACGGCCUCCGACGUGGACGUCCAGGACAGUCGCACGGCCAGCGUGCCCGAGGAGAUCGCCGGGGAGGAGGAAGCCUCGUACAGUAUGUCGUUUGAUGAGUCCAUCACGGACGAGGAGUCGUUCCGCCAAGUUCUGCCCUCGGAGUCGCAUCGCAAGGAGCUGCGGAGACAGAGCGGGGAGGGCGGCAAUGCGGCUGACGAGUCUGAUGAUGAGCUGUUGGAAUAUCCUCUAGUGUCGAGCCACGUGACGCCCUAUGGAGACCUGAGCUCCCUGUUUGUGGGGGAAGACAGUUUCAACAAGUUCACGGCGGAGAUGGUGCGGCAGGUCAUGAGAGAGGAAGAGUACCGGGCCCAGCACCAGGCUGCCUUGCUAAAGCUGCGUGAGAAAGCCCUGAAAGAGAAGGCGCGGGCUGAGCUAGCCUGGCUGCAGCAGCUGAAGAAACAGCCGAGAGACAAGCGGGCCGAUGAUGUCUUCCCCAACCUGGACAAGAAGGAAAAGAUCAUCCGCAAGAACCUUCAGGAGCAGCAGGAGGAGAUUCGGCGUCUGCAGGAAGCUAACAAAGUGGCCAGUGAGGAGCGCCAGAGACUGCUCCAGCAGCAUGAGGAGAUCGCUCGCAUCAAGCAGCGCACACAGAACACUCUGGUCAAGCUCAAAGUUUCGACUCCUUCCAAGGGCAGACUUGACCGGCCCUCGGAGGUUCACACAGAGGAUGAGAUCGAGGAAGCCUCUGAUGUUAGUGACGAUUUGAAAGACUCCAAGUCAGACACAGAGAUGUACCGGAGUAAGGCUCACUCUGACGCCCAGCAAGGCCAGCAGAACCAGAGGGAGAAAAUGUCCAAGCUGAGACUGGACCAAAGAUACAUGACGGCACGGGAACACAAGCUGUAUGAGCGUAAGAAACACGCCAAGGAGCUGCUGGAGUGGAAGAAGAGGCUGGAUGCGGAGGAGGCCAAGGUCUUCCUGCUGGAGAAGAAAGCCAUCCAGGCCUGGGAGGGCAAACAGAGGGACAAGAAGAAGGACAAGGAGGAGACGCCCGCCAAGAAACCAUCGAAGCCAGUGAAGCCAGUUGCAGCCUCCAGGAGGGACGACUCUACGGUGAUAUCAGAACGCUUGGUGUCUUCCAUACGCGACGAGAUGGAAGGAGGAACAGCAGCGGCGUCUGCAACAGCCGGAAGGUCAAGGACUGGUCAGGGAUCAGUGUCGGAAGCCAUAUCCACUCAAUUGAGUAUCAGUCAAACGGAGACGAGCCCUGACAAAAAGUCUCGGUCACGGUCGGAACGCGCGUGGUCGAGGGAAGACAACAAGCGGUCACCUGGGGCCAGCGGGAGUGAGAGUUCUAUACCAGAGGAGGUGCCUACUGGCACAGCACAGGAGAAACAGAAGGCGUUAGACUCGAGCGACGACACCCUCAUCAACAGCUCGGCCAAUGAUGACUAUGCUGACACUUUUGAACAGGACGGCACAGCAUCUGUGACCAGCCGUAAGAAAUCGUCAGUGGGCAAACUCCUCCCACAGGGCAACUCCCCACUCCCAUCUCCCUGGUCCAGGAAGACAGGCUCGGAGAGUGAGUCCGAGGAUUCCAUUUCCCAUACAGAGACCCUGUCAGAUGCCAGUGACUACGAGGUUCGAAUCCGGCAGUUGAGUGAUGAGCUGCGUCGACGGCGUAAGGAAGUGGAGAUCUUGAAGAAGGAGCGGAGUCGUCGGCAGAAGGAGAAGCUCAAGGUCCAGGAGGACGCCAUGAAGAAACAGCUGGAGGCCUACAACAACUACAUCCAGCAGCUCAAAGUAGAGAAAGAGGACCUGGAACACGAGCCUGCCAAGACAGCUGUCAAGCCUCAGAUCAAACAACCUCGCGGGGGUCACCAAGUGAAGGGUCGACCUGGUCGCCAUGGCGAUGAUGCGGCAAGCAAUUCCUCCAGUUUCGAAGACAUGCGGGAGGGCACCGACUCCAACCAGACCAGCCCCAAUGUGGAGGCCAAAGAUUUGAAGGGUUCUCCUGUGGAGGAAAAGGGCAAGAAAAAAGCCCCGGUUUCGCUGAUGGACCGCAUCUCUGAGGGCUCCGAGUCCCUCUCUGACAAGUCCGGAGCCUCGGGCAAGGGAAGCAAGUUGCCCGUGGCAGUGAAGAGACGAGAUGACGUGUCCGAGAAGACCACAACCUCCUCCAGCGUGGCGGAGGAAGUGAUCGAGGAAGCCUCGCAGUCGGAGAAAACGUCGUCCGGAGGACUCAUCAAGAUUCAGAUGGGAGCAGCAGCUGCAGCGUCCCGGGGAGACAGCGCCAGCAAAGGGAGAGAAGAGGAGGAGAACUCGUACAGCAUGGACUUCUCUGAGCUUCAGUCCAGUCUGGCGCAGAGUCACGCCGGGAAGCUGCCGCUCAGCGCUCGCAGUCAGGGUUCGGUCACUGGAGCUGACCUUUCACACAAAGGGGCCAGGUCGGAAGUGGAUAUCUCCGAGCACAUUGAGGAGGCCAUCUCGCUGCAGUCUCCGUCCGUGGCCUCACAGCCCAAGUUUGACUUCACCAACAAGAGCCAGCCACAGGACAGCCCACAGGACAGCCCACAGCAGGGUCCGUCCAGCCCUCCCACCACAGGCAUCCAGGAGUCGGACAGUGAGACAGAGUCCCGGGUCAACUGCUCGGCCAAGUCAGAGGGCAGCUCGCGGCCGUCUAGCGAGCGUUCUGUGGGUAGCAUGUCGUACAUGGAGGAGGAUGAGGAGGACGCGGUUAGCUUCGCCUCUGACCGCACGCCCGUACGCUCACCCUCCCACAAAUCCUUGCCCCCCGUGCAGGGCGCAGGCAACUCGAGGUUGGAGGAGGAGAUCAGCGAGCACAUUUCAGCCAGUCUCCCGUCCAUCUCCGAGAAGCGUUCUGGCGGCUCGCUCCGCCAAGACUCGCAGGAUGUCCUUGAUGACUUGUUGGGCUACAAGGAGGGAGAGGAUGAGGACGACAAAACGCCAGUGGCCACCCCUCGAGAGAUGGCCCCUACACCCGUGCCAGAGGAUGAGGAAGAGGAGGAAGAAGAGGAGAAUGCCUCUCUCUUACAGACAGACCCCCUGGCAGAUUUCUUGCUGGAGGAUCGGGUGCUGGUGUGGGGUCGUCGACCCGGCCGGCUCAAGUACAAGGGCAAGGUCGAUUUCUCUCCCGGCAUCUGGGCAGGAGUCGAACUGGACACCGAAGAAGGCGACUCUGAUGGCCUCCACGAAGGCAAACGUUACUUCAGCUGUCGCUGGGGUCACGGGGUCAUGGUACAUGGCAGUGACAUCAGCGCCUUCACUGAGCAGCCGGCGGCGGUCCCCAGCGAGGACCAGGAAGCUCGCAGUCCUGACGAGUCUCUGACCACUGACCAGGACGACUCGUCCAAUGUCCAGGACGUCCAGGAGCCAGAGAAGACCAUCCUCCCAGCGGCCGAUGCCUCCAUGUUCCACUCCACACCGCUGGGCUCUCCGCAGCGACAGGCAGACCACACGCAGAAGCCGACCGCCACACCCGUCAAAGGUGAUAUGACAGCAUUAGCGGACAAAAUCACGGACCAGCUGACCAGCACUCUGAUAGAAGACUCUUUCGAAACAGUUGGUAAGAUUGCGUCUCAGAAGUCCCCAACCCCUGCCACACCACCCAAGCCAGCAGCAACAACAACAACAACGAAGAAGGCAGACUCCCCCGCCGACGGCUCUGCAGUCUCGGAGCAACAGAAGGGGCCGGCGAGUUCUCCGUCUGCUCCUGACAGGACGACCGAUGGGGUGAUGAAGACCCUACUGGACGAGGCAAUCCUGGACAUGGUUAAGAUUAAGAGGAAGAAGGCAGAGAGUGCGAAAGAUAAGACGUCUCUGAUGAAUGGAAUUCUAGAGGGAGGAGAAGACUCUUUUGACGACGAUGAAGAUGAUGACGAGGAGGAGAAGAUUCAAGACAACGAUUCUGGUCUAUCCAUGGACCCGUUCCAGCGGCCGGGGUCACCAGUGCCCAGUGAUGCUGUCUCCACACAGGACAGGAAAGAUUUGAAUGACGACUUGAACAACUUAUUCGGAGAAUACAUUGACGAUGAUCUUGGAUUCGAACAGUCGACCACCACUGGCAAGGCUCAUCCGACCUAUCCCGGGGACCAAACUCCAACCGCAAUGGGAGAACGUGGGCUGGUCAUUGCCGAGGAGAUCCCGCCGGUGGUAGCCCACACAAAGGAGGAGAUAAUUCCCAUUGUUUCUCGUGCUGUGGACGUGUUCUGGACCACGAGACGCUAUGGGGAGUCGCUGGAGGACGUGGAGCCACCGGAGGACUUCCUGCAGGGAGUUUCGGCAGAGGAUGAGGAAGAGGAGGAGGGUGGGCCGGAUAACAUUGUGUCGCAGAGUCGACGCAGCUGGCACCGCAUGUUGUUUGACCUCACGGGGGAAAUCAUCCGUGAUAUCUACAAGGAUGACGACCAGCCCGAGCCCCAAGUAUGGCAGCCAGCCCAGCGCCCGAGCCACCGACACUACCGAGGCGCGCGGCCGCCCUGCACGGUGGACACACUGCAGCCUGUGGUGCAGGAGGCUGUGCUCAAACUGCUGGACCUCAACGGCACGCGUCGCACGCAGACGCAGAACAAGUGGAAUGUGCGCAAGAAGAAGGAUGCGGUGGACGCAGUGCUGGUGCAAGAGCUGGGCGAGGAGGAGCGGGGCUGGGUCAACUACAGCCAGGACGAGCUUAACCUCAAGAUGUCGCUGGCCGACUCGCUAUUCGACUCGCUUCUCUCCGACACCGUGUCUGCGCUCAACGGGAUCUACCAGAAGCGCCAUCUGCAGGCGCAGCAGCUGUGAGGGCCAGAGUUAGGAGAUACAGAUGGGGGCUGGUCGUUUAGGCUGGUCACUAGUGCAAACAUGUAGGCUGGUCACUGGCAUAGACAUGGAGGCUGGUGUUCUUUUCGUCACUAUUGCAGACAUAAAAGCUUCUUGCUGACCGGUCACUGGUUUGUACACAGGGACUGGUCACUCGGGCUUCGCAGUGAUGGUGACACACAGACUGGUCAGAGCCGAGAACGGAGCUGAAAAGACCUACUGCCUCAAGGAUGUCCCUGGUUGCCUCCUGUGGUAACUACCUCAUGACCACGUCAGCCCCAGUGUUCUUCUUCCCCUUCUUCUUCCGCCACCCUCUUCCUUAUUUGUCCUGGACUUGCUUCUUCCAGACUCGCACACUUGUGACAUAGACAGAGCCGGCUGCAAGGCCACUACUUAAAAGACGGAGGGACCACAAAACUUAUUGUACAGUGCACUGUGUUGUUUUUCGAAUUGGCUUGAAAUAACUGCUUGGAGGGACACUGAUGGUGUGUCUGAGGGCCUGUUGUGGGAUGGUUGUGGUGGUGGGAAGCAGCCCGCCUCCGAUAUGAUCUUAAUUGUAUGUAUGGGGAGUAAAACGUAAAGAAUUGUUCAUAGUCCUCUCGUUGUGCAAGUUGUUGCCAGGCACCCACCUCCCUGCUCCUGGCUACUGGACUUGUGCUGAUUCGUUGUAGCUGAUAUUGUGUUAACACCCUUGUAUUGUCAGCCGUGGGUGAGUGUAUGUGUUAGUGUGGGGGCACCGUGGCCUGUGUGCUGUCCCAAAAUUCCGUCCGCCAUGGUCAUUGCCUCUAUUUGCAUGUGGUCAGAGGGUGCCGUGUACAUCUUUACUUUCCCUUGGUAGAUCUGUCCGUCUUGUUGUAUAUUAUUGUAUUGCUUUUAUCCCAGCACUUAUGUGCUUCGCUUUUAUCUCAAAUAACUUACCUGUUUAUAUGUGUGUGUUUGCAAGUGUACAGCGGUGUGUUUGUGUUUGAUUUGGAGAAUGGAGAACAGGAUGAUGUGGCUUGUCUGGCAGGCUCUCACCCCCACCCCCAACCCCCAACCCCCCGAACCGGACUUCCCCUGUGCCUUCUGCUCCCGUCAGUGCUCAGCCUACUGUGGCCCACAAACACGACUCAACUCCUCCUCCUUCACACACUCACACCACUUGUUCUUGUCUGCCUUUGUCCACCCUCGCCUUCCUAUUUGAUGACGGUGUCAGUAAUGUCAUAGUUGUUGAUGAUACUGUCCUGUCGCCAAUGGGCAAAUGACCUCUUUCUCACAGGCGCUACUUACCUAGUUUUAUAGACAUGUGUAGUUUGCAUAUGUAUCAUAUAUAGAUAUAUUUAUAUUUAUUUAUAUAUACGUAAAACUUGUUACAACUGGCAUUCCAGACUUAUGAGUUUGCUUGUUAAAACUGGCAUUCCAGACCACAAAGAGUGCUAUCAUGUUGUUCUUUAUCCGUGUGUCCACGAGUGGGGUUUGGCUUUGUGGUGUGCCGAGGCCAAGUGGAGUUUUUUCCUUUGUGAGAGGAGGCGUGGUGGGCGUCGCCUCUGCUGUACAGUUUGUUCUGCCUUGUGUUGUGCCCAGUGUGAGCCCAAGGUUGACUUGGAUCUGAUUUGAAUGUCCCUGGUGAAGAUGGUCCAAUGGGACAAGAAAUAUUCCUGUGUGGAGACACUUGUGUAGAUAAUAUUGUCUGGUAGUUGGGACCCUGCUCUCGGAGCACAGGUGGUAAAGUUGUCAGUCGUGUUUCAUCAGAGAUUUGUCUAUGUGCGUUAGAAAAUUCCCCAGAUGUUGGCAGACGGAGAUUUUCUGUAGAGCUCAAAAUGUGCGGAAAGUCAUGACAAUCAAAAUGUAGGUCUUUGCUAAAAUAAAUGUUUAUUCUUUUUCAAAUCUUAUGCAGGAAGGAUGAAAAUCGCAAAUGUUUUUAAUAUGAUUGCUUGGGAAGCUUCUAAUGCUGUGAAAUCUCAGAAAAUGAAACUCAAGAUUUGUUUUUGGCCAUUCGGUUUCUUCAUACCUAGUUUCUCAAAACUUCUGUCAUUCUUCAAUGACAGCUUUAGAUGUUUAAAGAAUUUAAAGAACAACGUGUUCAGAUUUGCUUGCUCUAUACAGAACCACGUCAAUCUCGAUAUUCAUCAUCAAUGACAUUUGGUUGUUUUUUUCAAAGGUACUCUCACAUUUGUCUGUGACGCAUGUCCUAUCCCCCUUCUCAAGGAGCAAGUUUGGCUACAGAAUUUUCCAUAAAUUUCUAUUUUUAUUUUGUUGCUUUGACAGUCUGUGCUUCCUGAUGUCAGUUCCUGGUUGUCCCAUUCUGUCAGAAUUCGACAUAUUUUUACUCUAUAAUUUUUAUUCCAAUAUUUAGUUUUAGCUUUUUUUUAUUUUACUGUACUGUCAUUUUUAAAGAUAUUUUUAAAUAUUCUUUCUUGCAAAAGGAACAUGUUUUUAUAAAGAUCUUUGUACAUUGUACAUGUUUUGUGCAUGGUGGAGGGGAGUCUGAGACGAUUGUGUGUGAUGGGCCUGUGUCCACUACAGAGUGGACAGUGAAUAAAUGCCUUUGUCUAUGCCUUAAACUGAUCUUGUGUAAGCCAAAGUGUUUUGUAAAAGUGUGAAAAGUUUUGAAUAUUUAAAGAAGUGGCCUAUUAAAAAUGUUUGUGUUUGCGGUGGAAUCAAGUUUGUAGCUGACAUAGUUUUCUGUCUAGACAUUGUUCUACGAACAGUCCUGUGUUAGAUUGUACUAAUGAUAAUAAUAUGAAUGCAGCAUAUGGUUUGUUUUAUUUAUACACCCCCCCCCCCCAACCCUCCCCUUCAGUAGCAUGUGGUAAUAUUGAGGUUUAAGUGACUGAGGGAAUAAUUGGAAAGGUAGAAACAGUUAAACAGUUCAAUUCAUUUGAAAGUCAACGAUGUUUGCUGUCCAGUGGGAUGUUAUUCUGGUGCGUGUUUGUGUUUGUGUAUGAGUGUUUAUGUAUGUGUGCAUGUGUGCGUGUGUGUCUUCAUCACCAUUGUCUGAUGUAUUCCAAACUGGGCUCCCACAGUUGCGUCGGUUGUUUCUGCCAGUGUCUGUCUGCGGUACCCUUCAGUUCGCUCCCACUCCGCUGCCAAUAAAUGUGUAUUAUAUAUAGGAACUUUUUUUUUGUAUCACAUCCGUCCACUGGUGUUGGGAAUUUCCCCCGUUUGGCCAGCUCUAUAGAGUCACAAGGCUAGUCUUGAAAUAUCCGGGACAUUUCUGUUUGUCACACACAUACACAAACACAAUAACACACACACACACACACACACACACACACACACACACACACACAUCUACACAGGCAUACACACGCACAUACAUCUACACAGGCAUACACACGCACUGACAUACGCACAAAUAAUUACUGGCCCAAGGGUGAUGUAGACAUUCCUGAUAUUUUGUUCGGACUUUCAGAAUUUUGUUUUUUCCCUUCACGCUGUGCCAGCACUGUCAGAAUAUUGUGGUGUAAAAGUAGGAGUCUUGGGACUGUGUUGGUGUGUGUUUUGAGUGUUGGGACUAUCAUGUUGAUAGUUUUAUGAUUUAAGGGGCAAUUGUGUCGAGAGUUUUAUGAGUUACAGGGCUGUCAUGUUAGGAGUUUUUUAGUUUAGGGGCUAUUGUAUUGAGUUUUAUGAGUUGAAGAGCUGUUGAGUUGAGCAUUUUUAAUCUUGGGACUGUCAUGUUGAGAGUAUUUUGAGUCUAGGGACUAUCUGAUUGAGUUUUUUAAAGGUUAGGGACUCUCGUGUUGAGAGUCGGAGUCUAGGAACUAUCAUGUACAUAUCUAUCUAGUCUCUUUAGACUACUAAAGUUUAGUCUUUAUUAUUUCCCCUUACCGUGAGGGUGGACACAGUUGUAUGGAUGGUUACCCUGUUGUUUUAACUGCAUUCUUAUUGGUUGUAGUGGCACGUCUUAUCUAUCCUUUCACUGGUCACUUUACCUUUCUCCAUCUCAUUGGACAGUGUUGAAAGUGACCUCUGACCUGUUGUUUGACCUGUUGUUUAGUCUUCCCCAGUGCCGUGAGUGAGUGAUGCUCUGGCCCACGAUAAAAGUGGCUGCUUAAUUCUAUUGCCAAAACAGUUCCUUUAUUCUUGUUUUAACUUUCCUGUGUCUCUCUUUGCUUGUCGGUUGUUUGUUUUAAAACUAGGUCAUUCGAGACUUACUUGUUGAUUUCUUUUAUGACUGGGAUGUACACCAAGAAGGUAUCAUUUUUUUUUUGAGCUCACUUAGUAAUGUGCUGACCUAUUGUACUGAUGAAGCUGGUUCUAAUCUUUUGAAUUUGUUCUUUGGAGAGUUUUCAAGGCUCUCCAACCUCUUGGCUUAGUCCUUCUUUGCUCCUUUUCUGUAAAACGUCUAUUAACUCUCUAGUAACAGCUCUUAUCUUUGGCACUUGUUUUGCCUAUUUGUCUUGCAAGUGGCCUAAAACAUUGCUAAAAAUAAAAUGGAACUUGGCUCAGUAUUAUCAAAGAGGUCCUUGCCGAGUCGAAAGAGGCCUUGAAUUCGCACAACUACAAAAUUAUACAGUACAUCGACACAACACAGACUCUUCUGAUCUUUUGGUUUUGUUUAUGAAUGAGGACAGACAGUACUGACCUGUUGAUUUAUUGUACAGAUAGAAUGUAGACCGCCUACAUAUAUAGACUGUUGGUGUCUGGUGUAACAGUUAGCUAUAUCACGGUUUGAAUGGGGAAAGGGGAAAAGGUUUGAGUUUGAUUGUUGUUUAGGGUAGUGUUUUUUAUCGAGUAUCUCCAUCUGUCAGCUGGGAUGCUGUAUCCCAGUCAGCCGAGGCUGGCUCUGACAGAGAGGGUCAAGAAACCGCUCGCCUAAAUUAUCUGAUUUGUGUUUCUGCAGGUAGUAAAGUUGCAAUCUAUCAGUCUAUAUUAACGCAACUGACUUGUUGAUUUCUCUGAGAACUAGGACACAUACUAUACAGACAUUGCAUGGGGUGACCUGACAAUAGAUAAAACUCUGAGGGAAAACAUUACGCGAUCUCACUGACCCGAUUGUUGGUUUGUUUUACGACAAGAAUAUUAUAAUAUACGGCAUUGACGUGAUUCACAUGUUAGUUUUGUGUCGGUAGCCUUCCAGAAGUAGACGUUAAGUAACCUGUUAGAUGCAGAGACCAGCAAGUCUCCAGCACAUUUUAUUUGAUUUUUAUGAAUGCAGAGAGAGAAACGUGCUGUUCAGAGGGCUGAAUGGGAACCGAUAUGCAUAGGAUUGGUUGAUUAUAUAUUAUACAUACAUACAUACAUACAUACAUACAUGUAUAUAUAUAUAUAUUUAUAUAUAUACAUGUUGUAUUUAAUGGCUUGAACAGAGGUAAGGAAUAUUCCUUCCAGGACCAGCACUCGGUGUUCACGCUGCUCGGGAAAAAUGUAUACUUUUUGUACUAUGUAAAUGAUUGUAAAACGUGUGGCCUCAAUGAAUUGAAUGAAAAGUAUUUUUGUACUGAAGAAGAACUACCAUUGCUAGUGCUAUUUAUAAUAUUACGUAGAAUUGUCUCAGAACUGUAGUUGUAUAUAUUUCAUAAGAUUAUUACAGUGAAGAAAAUCAUGUACAUUUCUCUUACAAAUACAUGGAGGUCCCGAUCAAUAAAAUACAAAAGCAACUGAGAUAGAAA